AUGUUCCAGGUCGAUAUAAUGAAGGACACAUCGAGUCACCAUACCUGUCCCAAACAGCGAGAUGGUGUCUCGGCACCUUCUAAUUCGACCGAUGACGUCAAAAUCCAGAUAGACUAUGAAGCUCUCCCGAGAAACUCUCCAAUAUUUGCACAAUUGACGGCAGGCGCCUUCGCCGGAAUACUGGAACAUACGGUCAUGUACCCUGUUGAUGCCGUAAAGACACGUAUGCAGACGGCGCAUCUUCAAUCCAGCGAGGGCCUAAUUCAGGCUUUCUCACGUAUAUCUUCAUCUGAAGGAAUAUCUGGACUCUGGCGUGGAAUCUCUUCGGUGAUUCUGGGCGCCGGUCCUGCUCAUGCUGUAUAUUAUUUAGUGUUUGAGUCCACCAAAACCGCCUUGUGUAAACAUUUCGAUCAGAGCAACGGCCAUAUUCACAUGAAAAAUACCUUAAUUACCGAUGAAAAGCAUCCUUUGAUUGCUUCUGCUUCCGGAAUUGCUGCAACGACUACCUCAGAUGCCUUGAUGACUCCAUUUGAUGUUGUUAAACAGCGCAUGCAGAUUCUCCAGCAGGUUCAUCCUGCAAAUGUGACCGCUACUACGAACCACCCUCCAACCUCAGCCUUUCAAGUUGCCUCUCAGAUGUACCGAAACCAGGGAAUUAGACCUUUUUACAUAUCAUAUCCCACAACGCUAGUCAUGAACAUCCCAUUUGCUGCCAUAAACUUUGGUGUCUAUGAAUACGCCUCAUCCAAGGUUAAUCCUGGCCAAAUUUACAAUCCUUUGCUACACUGCGUUUCCGGUGGGCUUUCCGGUGCUGUUGCAGCUGCUGUUACUACACCUUUAGACUGCAUAAAAACGGCUUUACAGACAGAGUCAGUUCCCAAUGCCACCGGGUUUUUCUCUGCGGCCAAGUCUUUGUUUCAAAAGGAAGGUCCUCGAGCGUUUUUUCGAGGCAUUAAACCUAGAGUCGUAUUCAAUGUACCGUCAACUGCUAUCAGUUGGACUGCCUAUGAAAUGGCGAAGGCCUACCUACUACCCGGCCACUAA